UUCUCCAACUGAGUACUGCAAGUAGUUCGUAGCAGGAGCAGUAAUGGCCUAUAUGUUGCACAACUUUAUCUUAGUUAGCAUUCACGAUCCAUGCCAUGGAACUACUGGUGGACUCUGGGAGUUAGGAGUUCAUGUGAGCAAAAUUAUGUCCACUAUGACCUCCUCCCAUAACCCUCUUUCUCUUCAGGCUCCUACUUUUUGCAGCAAUUUAAUCAUAUUUAAAUUGAAUGGAAACUCAAGAUUAGCACAACUGCAGGACAAGGUAAGUAAAGUUCCUUACACUUCUUAUUUAUCAGUGUUACCAAUUAUACAGUCAGAGAUCAUAAAGUAUGAAAGUAAUUAGCAAACUGAUCUGCGGGUUCAUUCUCUUUUCUGAUUAUAGCAUACAAGAUUGACAGUAUACUACUUUACGACACACAAAAAGAAGGUGAGGUACUAUAUAUGCUAUGGAUGAUAGAAUGAUCUUUUGCUUGAAACAACGUCUGUUUCAUCUAGGUAACUAUUAUUUAGACCACCUUUAUAUAAUACAUAUAUAGUGUAUUCAAAUGUUUCUGGAAUUAUGUUUAAACUUAGUGAACUAUUUGACGAAUAGUAUAAUGAAGGCAAUGAUUGAGAAAUCUGUUCAAACUGUCUUCUGAUCUUGUGAACGACGGAUUAAAGAGCGACUAAAAUGUAAAAAUUUAUUUCAGUUGAUUAUUUCUCUAAUAACUUAGGCUUUUUAGAUCAUGUGAUCAGAGGCUAACUCUACUUACCCAGGACAAUAGUAGCAUUUGGUGAAGUGCCUGCAGACUGCAGUAGUAUGAAGUUUGGCAAAACAAGAAGGCACCAGCUUAGUUAUCCCAACUCCUGAUGACUAUUAAUAGAGAGGCCACGUUCCCCAAGCUUGCACCUGCCCCUACUACAUUGCUUGCCCACUUCCUCAAAUAAUAGCCAACAUGGGGUUGAUUGUGUGCGGAAGUGAGCAGAAACCAAACUUCUCUAAUUAUAAAGCUGACAUGUAAUGGUUCAUAUUAUGUGCCCAUCCUUUAAAAGAAGUUCACGGAGGAUGCCAUGGAGCCUGGUCUUGGUACAAGAUUGUGGCAUUGAUGAGAUAUUCAGGGUAUAAUGUCACAGCUAUUGACUUGGGUGCUUCAGGGAUCAACCCCAAACAGGCCCUCGAAAUCCCACAUUAUUCUGAUUACUUGAGUCCUUUAAUGGAGUUCAUGGCUUCUCUUUCUGAACAUGAAAAAGUGGUUCUUGUAGGCCAUAACUUUGGCGGCUUUGCAAUUUCUAAAGCCAUGGAAAGCUUUCCAGAAAAGAUCUAUGUUGCUGUAUUUGUCACUGCUCUAAUGCCUGGUGCAACUCUCAAUGCAAGCACCGUUUACACUAAGGCAUUUGCAUCGACAGGAGUAGUAUCUGCUCUUGAUAAUCAUGUUACAUACGAUAAUGGACCUAAAAAUCCGCCAACAACCUUCAGCUAUGGUCCGACGUACUUGGAAGCUUUUCUUUACCAGCUAAGUCCAAUCAAGGAUUUGGCGCUGGCCACCACACUAGUAAGGCCAGUAUACUUAUACAGUGUGGAAGAUGUUUCUAAGGAGUUGGUUCUUUCAAAAAAAAGGUAUGGAUCAGUUAAGCGAUCAUUCAUUGUCGCUGCUGAAGAUAAACUUAUAAAGAAGGAAUUUCAAAAAUGGAUGAUUGAAAAGAAUCCACCAGAUGAAGUGGAAGUGAUUCAGGGCUCUGAUCAAAUGACUAUGAUGUCUAAGCCCCUUCAGCUUUUUGCUGAUCUUCAGAGUAUUGCCAACAAGUAUAGCUAAGUGCUGUUAAUUAAGAAGAAUAAGGGACACAGGUUUAGGCUGACAAUAAAACUUUAGUCAAUUCACAUAUCUGAUGAAUUUAUAUGGUGGUCUCAGUUCUUUCAUAGAAGUCCUAUUACCGAGCUAGUUAAUUUGAUAUUUCAAUUAUUAUCUUUCAGCUGUUGCUUCCUUUCAUUGUAAUUUCAAAAUUGACAUCAAUAAAUGACCACUAUUUCCUAUAA